UCCACCCGACCCCCGGAAAGCCCCCUUUUUUAUAUUGCAUCUCGGAAUUCUUUGGGUCCUCGGGCUCGCCGCGAUCCCGUUCUCGCCGGCCCCCGCUGCCCCCGGCGAUUCUCCCGGGUUUUCUGGUCCAGGCGGGCGGGCACGCACGCAGCCAAGAGAAUUGCGGUGCUUCGGUCAGCAACACAGGGAGGAGGAAAAGGAGGGACACAACGUAUUGCCGCCGUCGGGAAUAGGACGAUAGAACCAACCGCCGGCCGGCGCAUCGUCCUUUGGCGAGGAAGUAAUCGGCGCUGUCCCCGAAGGCAUCUUCUCACGCAUGGCUAGGCCUUGACAACAUACACCGUGCAGAUCAUGAAGAUAGAUAAUGAAAGGCCUUACCAUACAAAUGCUUUUCAUGAGCUUGUACCCAGUGGCGGCCCUAAAGUAGACGGUGAACCUGAAAGGGAAACUAAGGGGAAUCUUUUGGAAGAUAAAAUGGUUGAACAGACCAAUCCAUCAGAACAUGGUUUUGUGAAGGCUGAGCAUGAGAAGGGAGGUAAAACCAGACAAAUACGGAUCGAUGAUGUUUCUUAUGACAAGGAUGUUGUUGAGAUCAACCUGCCAGAUGCUGUGGAUUCUUCUGAUUAUGGUGGCCAUUUUGUCAAGGAUGUCUGCAUUGAUGAGGGUGUGCUUGCUGAUCAGAAGGCUUCGGCAGAGAAGGUAGUAAGCGAAAAGGUGUGCCCAAUCUUUAAUUCUUCAAUGGUCGAUGCAAAUGGUGAUCUGAAGGAAGGUACAAGAGUUGAUCCUGUGAAAACUGCACAUAAGUCACAAAUAGUUCCCCUUCAUGCCGCGUGUGCUACUGAUGGUACUAUGGAAGAAAUAAGAGCUGAUCCUUUGGAAACUGAACAUGAAUCAGAGUCACAAAUUGUUAUCCUACAUGUUCCAUGUGCUACUGAUGGUAAUACGAUGGAACAAUAUUCUUGUGGCGAAGAACGUGAUCUUGAAGGCAACAAGACUACAGAUGAAUUUACCGAUGUAAACGAUGAGAAAUUAAGUCCUAGACAGUCAUCAAGUCAGGAAGCUGCAACACAGUGCCAGCAGGUGGGCACAGUAAUUUCUGAGACCUGUGAAACUCACAAGCCAUUUUGCGAUGGAGAAGCAAUUGAUGAGGUAGCAUCAAAUGAUUGCCAUGAGACUGGAUCUAGUACUACACCAGAGUCCAGUUACCUCAGUGGUUUACCAGCUGAAUCAACUUCUGAUGGGCUAUCAGCUGCAAUUCCUGAAGAAGAUGUUGGUGCAGAAUUAGAUAAUAGAGGAUUUAAUCCAGCUAAUCAUUACAACCCUUUUAUCGCAUAUGGAUCUUUAGAGGACACAUGGGAAUCCAAGUACGCUCUACCUACCAUUGUCGACGAUGUUUCUGUUGUACCUGUCUGUUCUGUUGGAAAGACAGAUAGUUUCAGUGAUCUUGUCAACGGUGGUGCACUGGGAGGAUUUGAUUAUGUUGAGACAGCUGAAUCCAGAAUUGGAGACAGUAGUAGGUUAGAUUCGGUUGGAGCAUGUUCAAGCAGGCUGGGAGUCCAAUCAUCUGAGGAGAGUCAUGAUCAGAGAGGAAGUCUUGUCGAAAGAACAGAUAGUUUUAGUGACAUCGUCAACGGUGCACCAGGUGGAUUUGAUUCUAUUGCAGCAGAUGAAACCAGAUUCAAACACACCAGAUUAGAUUCUAUAGAAGAAAGUUCAGGCAGGUUGGAUGCCCAAGCAUCUGAAGAGAGCAAUGACCAGAGAGGUACUGUCGGUGCAGAGCCCAGUGAUGUCAAUAGUGAGGGCCAUCCAAAAUUCGAGACUGAUGCUGUCCAAGACGAACAUGACUUCAACCCAAGAGACAUGGAGGAUGGCACAAAGACAAGGGAGGAAAACAAUGCUGGCGACCAGAGCUCUACGGUUGCGCCGCAAACGGAGCCGGCGGUUCAGCAGAACGGACCUGAUGGUGCAAAGCUGACGACUCGGGGUGGCAUUCGUAACCCCUUUGAGUCGAGCUUCUCUGGAGCUAACAUCACGCUGGACGCGGUAGCGCCCUCUGCUCACAUCGGCAACAUUUCUCUUCGUUCGGAUAGCAGCACGACGAGUACUCGGUCCUUCGCAUUCCCAGUGUUACAGACAGAGUGGAAUAGCAGUCCGGUGAGGAUGGCGAAGGCGGACCGCAGGCGAUUCAGGCGAGACCGGGGCUGGGGUUACAGGGUCCUCUGCUGUAAAUUCUGAGAGCGUUUUUUUUCCUGUUUGAUUGACGAGUCUAGCUCAUGGCCGGCGGCCUCGCGCCUGAGCUAGUGUUAGCCAGCCCAUGUUAAAUUCAUUCAAAUGUUGAUGUUGAUGAUGGUUUCUCCCCUUCCUUGCUCUUCUCGCCCCCCCCCCCCCCCCCCCCCUAUAUGCCCUGCUCUUUUAUUUUAUUUACAAAUAGCAGGAGGUUGAUGGCUUGUUGAAUUCGCUAGUGGCUUGUAAUUUGCAGAGAUUGUGAGUGAGAAAUGAAGAGGUAUAGCUUUCUUUCAUGUA